UUGCCUUUUUUUUCUGUAAGCCAUGGGAUCCUUGAAGACGUUAGCUGUUCUGAGCGUGGUGCUGGCAGCCACGGAACACGGGGCUACAACAGCACGGGCCGGUGGACUCCCGAGCCAGCGACGCCUCCAGCUUGCCACCUACCGCACUACUUACUCUUAUUUGCGUCCGCCUGGCGGUUGUACCCUAUCAUUGCAGAACCAGACGACUACCCAGGAGGCAACAUGGAGUUCCAAUAACGAUACGAAACCUCGGCGCCACAAGGUUUGGUCUAGAGAUGAUAUGCAUGUCAAACGGAAGAAGAGGUCACUCCUUCCUGGGAUUGAAGAAGUGCGUGAAAACGGAACCACAGAUCGGAACCCUGGACAUCCCUUGGGUAAAACGGCAGAUGUAUUGUCUUUCAGUCACCUAAUGACAGCCAUGGCUCACCAGCUGCGCGACUGCGAACUAGUUCUGGCCUACGACGACCACUACAACGACCCUCGCGUGCUGGCGGGCGUGCUGGCGCUGCCCAACGUGAAACAGGUGGUGCACGUGGGGACGAUCGAGGACUUCGGGAAGCUGGUGUGGGUGUCGCCGGGCUGCCGAGGGUACUUCCUGCUGCUGCACCGGACGGAUAUUCUUCUUACCUUCCUGGACAUUGACCGCGACGCCUGGGACUACGACGGAAGGUUCGUGGUGACGGCGUCGUUGGUGUCCCAGCUUGAGGCGAUGUCGAGGACAGACAAAGGGAGAAAAACUGAGCAUUUAUUAGGAAUCGUCAAGUCCCUGGACACGGGGGAGUGGCGGCUCUACAUCAACCAGCUGUACGUGGGGGAGGGCGUGCGGCCCCUCACCACCUGGCGGGCACACUCCUUCACCUCGCAACCCGUUUUCUUUCCGGAUAAAUUGUCUGACCUGCGCGGAGUCACUCUCAGGACCGUGACCUUCGCGUGGGAGCCGAGCAUCAUGUACCAGCGGGCGCCGAACGGUACCGUGGUGCAUCGCUUCGGCGUGGACACGGCCGUAGUAAGACUCAUCGGGCACGCCAUGAACUUCUCCGUACGCUUUGACGAACCGGCCGAUGGCGAGCUAUGGGGACGACAGAAAGAGGACGGCUCGUGGACGGGCGUGAUGGGGGCGCUGGAUCGGGACGAGGCGGACAUGGGCGUGGCCAACCUCUUCCUCUCCUACAAGAGAAUAGGCGUGGUGGACUUCAGCACCCCUCACGACUUUGAGGUUGGUUCGUACUGGUGUGUGGAUGCUCAUAGGCCCGCCUCUGAUCGAAGUCAAAUACACAUUCUCUCAUUCUAUCUCUCGUUAUAUUCUUUUCGACGGGCUAAUGACACAACUCGGAGAGCUGGGACAAUGAUAAGCAUGACAUUAGAAUUACUCUUAGGAUCUUCCCUGUCUCUGUGUCUUCAGGAGUCGUGCUUCCUGGUCCGGAGGGAGCCGCCCUUGCCCCGCUGGCUGGCCCUCUCCUUCCCCUUCCACUGGGGGACAUGGAUCGCCAUCUUAGUCGGUCUUCUGGUCUCCGGUCCACUUCUCUACGUUCUGACCCUUGCAGGAGGAAAAUGGUGUGAAAAAGAAGAAAUGGUCCCUUUCAGCGAAGAUAAUACGGAGGUGAAGGCUUCCCUGGCCUCCGACUGGCUGGGCACGUUCGCCUUCCACCUCCGGGAGACGCACCCGCACCCUCCCACGCGGGGCUCCACGCAGGUGUUCGUCUCCUUCCUGUGGCUCUACACCAUGAUCCUGACCAUCGCCUACGGCACCAACCUCACCGCCUUCCUGCUCGUCAACAAGCUGCCCGCCUCCAUCCAGACCCUCGAGGAGCUGGCAGAGUCUAACUUCGAUGUGAUGGGCGUCGGCAUUAUCUUCAGUAAAUUACUAUCGGAAUCAAGCGACCCCAACGUCAAAGUUUUAGCCGCUAAUUACAAAAGUGUGGAAACGAAGGACGAGGCGGUAAAUAGGGUCCUGAAGGGGCGCGCGGUCUUCCUGGAGAACCAAGGCUUCGUGGAGUUCGUGGCGCACACCAAGUUCUUGAAGGACGGCGUCGGGCGCACCAGGGUGAUGGAGGAGUGCUUCGCGCCGCAUUACAUCGCCAUAGGACUCCAGCGUCGCACUCCCCUCAAGAGGAAGGUGGACGAGGUGAUCACGUGGGUCCAGCAGAGUGGCCUCAUCCGUCACUCCUUCCUCAGCUCUCUACGCAUGGCAGCCUCCAUUGAGAGGGCCAGCAGUGAGACGGAGGCUGUCGGCGAGACGGACGAAGGCAAUCUCACCGCUCUCAACCUGGACCACCUUCAGGGCGCCUUCCUCAUCCUCCUGGUUGGGUUCCUUCUGGCAGUGCUCGCCUCCCUGGCCGAGCGUGUAUUAAUCUCGUAUUACUAAACAUAUCGGUGCCUCAUUACGCCUGUUUGAAAAGUCUCUCGCAGAAGUUGCCGGCGUUUACAUGGACUGUUUUGUGAUCACAGUAAUAGUUUUACCAGACUUUUACGCUAUGAACGGGAAAUAAAACACCCAUGAAAAUCCGGUUAUUCUUCUCUGUGGCCUUGGAAAAUAGUCGUAAUGGGAGUCCAAUAUACGUUUCAGAAUAUGGAUCCUGGUCACGAGGGUCAGGUAACAAUGACCUAUGAAGGUGGAACUGGCGAAACCCACGUGAUGCUGGUGGAAGGGAGUUUGGCUUCUCUCUCUCUCUCUCUCUCUCUCUCUCUCUCUCUCUCUCUCUCUCUCUCUCAAUAAACACUGGGCUAGUCAUUAAUACAAUCCAUGCAUAUUUCCACGUGUGUCAUGGACCAUGUUGCACCAAAAUAUGUGAUGUGUGAACAAAAUAAAAUG